AUGUCUGAACCUGCCAAGUCUGCGCCCAAGAAGGACUCCAAGAAAGCGGUGACCAAGACCGCCGGCAAAGGUGGAAAGAAGAGAAGAAAGACCAGGAAGGAGAGGUGUGCCAUCUACAAGGCGCUGAAGCAGGUCCAUCCUGACACCAGUGUCUCCUCCAAGGCCAUGAGCAUCAUGAACUUCUUUGUGAACGACAUCUUCAAGCGCAUCGCUUCAGAGGCAUCUCGCCUGGAUCACUACAAUAAGCUCUGCACCGUCACCUCCAGGGAGAUCCAGGCCUCCAUGCGCCUCCUGCUGCCUGGGGAGCUGACCAAGCACGCUGUGUCUGAGGGUACCAAGGCUGUCACCAAGUACACCUCCACCCAGCGAGAGUCCAAACUGGACAAGGACCUGUGA